UGUCUCUGUUCAGAGCACUGUUUAGAAACCAGCUGUCACAUUUUUUUUCCUACUAUUCAUUAGACCAACUAGCUAAACUGCGCAGUACUAAAAAAAAAUCUUGGAUAAACUUGGAUAAACUAUUCAUUCGUAUCAAGCAGUGUAACCUAAAAUCCGGUAAUAUUAAUAUAUUUUAUAAAAAAUAUAAUAAUUAUGGAAAAAGUUAAAUUACUGUGGUCAAGAACAAACUCUGGUGAUUAUCCAAUUCAUGAAUUGGAUGAUGGAAAAUUAAAGGAUUGUGUUUAUCUACAACAAUUAAAAAUAACUGGUCAACAAUUGCCAGUAACAAAAUAUCUUAACAAAGGUUUUAAUGUUGGAUCAUCAUUGUUAAUUAAUGGCUACAUACAUCCAGAUGUUGAUAAAUUAUCAUUUAAUUUAUUGAUCAAUAAUGAUGAUGAAGAUGAUGACGUGGCACUUCAUUUCAAUCCACGUUUUUAUGAAAAUGAAGUUGUCAGAAAUACAUAUAAAAAUGAGGAUUGGGGUGAAGAAGAAAGAUCAGGAGGUUUUCCAUUAUCAGCUGGUUCAUAUUUUUCAUUGAAAAUUAAUUGUGAAAAAAAAGGCUUUGAAUUUUUUAUUAAUGGAAAAUUAUUUGAAGUUUAUGAUCAUCGUAUUAAACCUAAAAAAAUAACACAUUUAGAAUUGGAAGGUGCCAUGGCAUUGGAUUUGAUUUUAUAUAAAACCAUUAUUGAUGAAGAUGACAUGAAUAAAUCAACAUCAUCAUCAUCGUCAUCUGAUUCAGAAAAUGAAGAUAAUAAUAUACCAGCACCAAUUGGUUUUCAUGAUGCACCACCACCACCAACAACAAAUAUCAUGUCAUCAAUUUGGGGUGAAACAAAUGAUGGAAAAUUUCUUAUUUAUGAUCCUUAUUGUGGUGAUAUAAAUGAAUUUUUUCAUGGUAUUUAUUUACAACAAUUUAAAGUUAAAAAUGAUGAUGAUACAAUUAAACUUAAAUUUGAUAAAAAAUUUAGUCCUGGUUCAUCAAUUAUUAUUAAUGGAUAUUCUAAAUCUGAUGCUGAAAGAUUUGAGCUUAAUUUAUUUACUAAAGAAAAAAUUAAUGGUGAUAAAAUGAAAAAUAUUGCAUUACAUUUUAAUCCAAGAUUUACUGAAUAUGAAAUUGUCAGAAAUACAUAUGAUAAUGAUGAUUGGGGUGAGGAAGAAAGAUCUGGAGGUUUUCCAUUAACUGUUGAUAGAAAUUAUUCAAUUAAAAUUGAUUGUGAAGAUAAAGGUUUUCGUAUAUUUAUUGAUAGUAAAGAAUUUACUUUUUAUAAUCAUCGUUUAUCACCAGAUAAUAUUAAUAAGAUGGAAAUUGAAGGUGAAACAUUUAUACAUUCAGCAUUUUAUAAAACAGUUUGAAUUGAAAAUUCUAUUUUCUUUUUUUUUCAAAAAUUUUUCAAUUUAUUAAUAACAUUUGUCUUUAUACACAAAUAUAUUAUUAUAAAUUUUUUUUCAUAAUAUUAUUAUCAAUAGAUUUUAAUCACUUUAUGUUCGAUAUGAAAGUUAUAUGAAUGAAUCAUAUAAUUAAUACACAAAGCCACUUUUGAUUAUUAAUUUUUUUUUGUCAAUUAUAAAUUAUAAAUAAGAAUUAUGAAAUAUUAAAAAUAGUUUAAAUUCUAUUGUUUAUAAAAUAUAUUAUUGUAUGAUCAAAAAAGAAAUUACUCAAACUUAUUUUAAGCAAAUAAAAAAAUAUUCAAGUAUUAAAAAAUAAAACAUUGAAAAGAGAGUAUUAUUUUUUUAAUUUUAAAUAAUUUAAAUAAUUAAUAACUUGUAUGUUGAUUUUUAGCAUUUAUUGUUUAAUUUAUAUGAUAAAUUUUCAUAUUUUUUUUUGUUUUUUUAAACAAUUAAAAAUAAUAUUCUACUGAAACUUAAAAGAAACAAAAAUAAUUGUAUUUUGUUUUUUUUUUUUUAAUUAUUAUCAUUCAUCAUGAAUCAUCAAUAAUAAAUUGACGCAAUUGUUUAAUCAAUAAUUAGUAACAUGUUAAUAAUAAUAAAAAAAAAAAAUCAUGAAUUAAUUUUUUUUUUUUUUGGUAGUAUUUUAUAAAAUAAAUUUACAAUCAAUGAUUAUGACUUUAUACCUUGAUAUUAAUAGAAUAAUAACAGUCAAGCUUUUCUUUCUCGAAAAAAAAAAUUUUUUAUAUUUUUUUACAACUUGGAAUAAUUGCUAUCUCAUUUAAAAUAAUUACAAAAUUAUGUGGGAAUUUUUGUUUAUUAAAAAUAAAUAGUAAAAUUUAAUUAGAAAAAAAA